UUUGGUCAUUCAGUAUCAAACCUGCCAAGCCCAUGUUCAUUCAAGUGCUCUCUCUCUCUCUCUAUAUGUAUGCAUCAGAGAGGUUCCUGACUGAUCACUGAAGCCCUUCAGAGAGAAGAAGAAGAAGAGGAGGAGAAGGGGAGAGAGAGAGAGAGAUGGAAUGGAGGAAGAGCUAUCUGGACUUGGUGUUGGUACCAUUAGGUUUUUUUCUUACAGUUGCUUAUCAUUGUUGGUUAUGGCAUAAGGUCCGAAGAGAACCUCUCACGACAGUCAUCGGAACCAAUUCAGCCGGCCGACGUAAAUGGGUCUCAGCCAUGAUGAAGGACAAUGAUAAGAAGAACAUCUUGGCUGUACAGACACUGAGAAAUGUGAUCAUGGGUUCAACCCUAAUGGCAACCACAUCGGUUCUUCUGUGCUCCGGCCUCGCCGCCGUCAUAAGUAGUACUUACAGUAUAAAGAAGCCACUAAAUGAUAGUGUAUAUGGAGCACACGGAGACUUAAUGGUGGCUCUAAAAUAUGUUACUCUCUUAGUGAUAUUCAUGUUUGCAUUUUUAUGUCAUUCUCUAUCUAUUAGGUUUCUUAACCAAGUGAACUUCCUCAUUAACACUCCAGAGGAUCCUACAGGAAUAGUGAGUCCAGAUUAUGUUUUUGAGCUAUUGGAGAAAGGGUUCACUCUCAACACAGUGGGGAACAGGCUUUUCUAUGCAGCACUACCUCUCUUGCUUUGGAUCUUGGGCCCAGUACUUGUGUUCUUGUGCUCAUUGAGUAUGAUUCCACUAUUAUAUAAUCUAGAUUUUGUUACUGGAAAUGAAAAAGAUUGGGUAAGGGAAAAGAUGGGGAACAUGGAUGAUAAGGACUUUUCAUCAGUAUAAAUGUAACCAUUUGAAGAGAGAUGAUGGUGUAACUAAUUUGUGAAGUGUAGAUGCAGGGGCCAUUCAGGAUUUGUACAACGUCCUGCAACAAUUGAAGUUUAUGUGUAUGCCAUGAUUAUUAUUGGAUGGGGUCAUGGAUGUGUCCUCUUGGUCAAAGGUACUAUUUAUGACAGCUAGUCCUGCUAUUUAUGUAAUUUUAUAAGCUUACCAAGAAAUGGAAUGAAAUAAUAUAAAUCAUCAUUUAAAGCA